UUUGUGGAGCUGAAAGAGUUCUCGCUUGACCGAAACACUAGCGAAGUGGGAAGAGGUGGUGGGAGGAUGGAUAAGUGGGAAGUGGACUGUUUCUCACUCGUGUGGCGAACGUGUAAUGUGCUCAUGGCGCUCUUUUUUUCUUUAGCAACUUACGUCCAGAAGAACGAUCCGGACGCUGCUCUAUGGAUGGUAGGCUAUGGCAUUCCAGCAGCGUCCUGCUUGCUCAUCAGUAUAAAGGGUAAUGCCACAGAUAUUGUGCUUUGGAGGAGACUUGUUGAUCUGCAUAUCCUGGUGUCCACUAGUAUCGCCACUCUUUUGGGAUGGACGCUUCUGAGGAGGCAAUCUGAAAACAUCCUUCAGCAGGAGGAAGGAAGAGAAUUUUGUGGUCUAGUGCUAAUUGUGAUCUGGCUUCUACUAUGUCGAAUGUCUAGAAGGAAAGUAGGUGGAGUCAUUCACCUGUUCACAGCAGUAACCAUCACCUUGUUUCCACUCGUAAUGUGGUUAUACUACUAUGUUAAUGAUGAUCUGAGGGCAAGCUGGCCUUCGCAUUGUAAAACUGCUCUGUAAGCAGUCAGAUGCCUGCUGAUGCCCUCUCUCUCAAACAUGAGCACUUUCCCAGCUAAUAUUUGUAGUAAUUCCCAACUGCACUUCAGCACAGUAAACAGUAUUCUGCACAGCUGUUAUGAAUAGAUUUCUAUCAACCAUGUAUGUUCACAUUUGAAUUGCUUCUCCUUUUGGAGGGGACAAUGUCAUUACAGAAUUAAAAAAAAAAAAAAAAAAAAAAAAAAAAAAAU